AGAAUGGAUGAAGAAAAUUGUUCCUCCUUGACUGACUUCCACCUCUUGGGAAUUACUAAUAACCCUGAUAUCAAGGCAACCAUAUUUACUACACUGCUGAUUGUGUACCUCAUUAGCUUUGUAGCAAAUUUUGGAAUGAUCAUUUUAAUUAGAAUGGAUUCCCAGCUUCAAACACCCAUGUACUUUUUCCUCAGCCAUCUGGCUUUAGCUGACCUCUGCUAUUCCACAGCGGUUGGACCUAAGAUGCUGGUGGACUUCUUUGCCAGGAAGAAAUCAAUUCCCUUCAUUGGUUGUGCUAUGCAAUUCUUCACCUUCUGCAUCUUUACAGACUCUGAGUGUCUCCUGCUGGCAGUGAUGGCCUUUGAUAGGUACAAAGCCAUUAGCAAUCCCCUCCUCUAUGCAGUCAAUAUGUCCAACAAAGUGUGCUGUAGGCUCAUGGCAGGGGUUUACUUGGUUGGUAUGAUUGAUGCUUUGACACACACUACCUUAGCUUUCCGUUUGUGUUUCUGUGGGUCAAAUGAAAUUAAUCACUUCUUCUGUGAUAUCCCUCCUCUACUGUUGAUAUCUUGUUCAGAUACACAAGUUAAUGAAUUAGUGAUAUUCACAGUUUUUGGCUUCAUCGAACUAAGCACCAUUUCAGGAAAAGUUCAUAAUAGUCAUACAGUUGUUAUUAUAAGAGUCAGGGAUAAGUUGAGAGCAAUUGCUCUGGAAUCUGAUAAACUUCAUUUUUAUGAGAUGCCAGAAGUUUAUCACCUCUGGAGCUCACCUCCCACAUCUAUAGAAUUAGGUUGUUAA